GCAGAACAGCAUCUUAUAAAAUGGUUUCGUUAAUGACAAGCGUCAGAGUCACUACCUCUCUUUAUCAUUUGUGCGCUUGUACCGCAAGGACAUUGACCACGAGCGCGAUGCCAAGUCCUAAGGAUGAGGCGAAAGAGGUGAUUAUCAACUAUUUGGAUGGGAAGGACAAUGGCAUCGCUGUCUUGGGAUUGAACAGGUCUGCAGCUCGGAACUCCUUCGGGAAGACUUUGGUCUCUCAGUUGAACGAAGCACUGGCCUCCAUCAGAGAGAACAACAAACUGAGAGUGCUGAUAAUUCGCAGUUUGGUUCCGAAGAUAUUCUGCGCCGGAGCAGACUUACGAGAGAGAUUCAAAAUGGACAGUUCCGAAGUGCCGCGAUUCGUGUCUUCUCUGAGAAGUCUCAUAACCGACGUGGAGACCCUGCCAACGCCAGUGAUCUCGGCCAUCGAUGGUGCAGCGGUGGGCGGAGGACUGGAGCUUGCGUUGGCCACCGAUAUCAGAGUCGCCUCCUCCGAGGCAAAGAUGGGCCUCGUAGAAACGAAACUGGCCAUAAUUCCAGGUGGUGGCGGAACUCAGAGACUUCCAAGGAUAAUCGGAGUAGCCAAGGCUAAGGAACUGAUCUACACUGCACGGAUUCUGGAUGGCGAGCAGGCGAUGCAGAUCGGUUUGGUGAACGAGGUAGUUCCGCAAAACAAGGCCGGUGACGCCGCUUACCAAAUGGCCCUCUCAAUCGCGAGAGAAAUCUUGCCUAACGGUCCUAUCGGUGUUAGAUUGGCAAAAGUGGCUAUAUCUAAAGGAACGGAAGUAUCUCUAGAAGAUGGUUUGGAGAUCGAGGGGCAGUGCUAUAGUAAACUUAUCGACACGAAGGACAGAAUUGAAGGACUCACCGCUUUCGCGGCGAAACGUGUACCUAUCUACCAAGGCGCUUAAAAACUCAUGGCAUCGCCAUAACAAACGCUUAAUUCACAUAUCAUGAAACGGAUAUAUUUUAUAUGCGUUUUACAUCGCGCAAGAUAUACUGUGUGUGUGUGUGUGUGUGUGUGU